AUGGCAAACCAACCACCCCAAAUAGCUAUUGUUGGAGCUGGAAUCUUUGUCAAGACUCAGUACAUUCCAAGAUUAGCUGAGAUCUCUGAUCUUUUUGUUCUUAAAUCCAUCUGGAGUCGCUCUGAGGAAUCUGCAAGAGGAGCAGUGGAGGUAGCAAAGAAGCAUUUUCCUGGCGUGGAAUGCAAGUGGGGUGACAAGGGUCUUGAUGAAAUUAUUCAAGAUGAGUCAAUUCUUGGUGUUGCUGUGGUUCUUGCUGGACAAACUCAGGUCGAUAUGUCACUAAAGCUACUAAAGGCAGGGAAGCAUGUCCUUCAAGCUACAAGUGAAAUAGAAACCGCGCUGUCAAGCUACAAAUCUAUUUGUGCUAAUUCGCCUGGUUAUCCAAUUUGGGCUGUGGCAGAAAACUAUAGGUUUGAACCUGCAUUGGUAGAGUGCAAGAAAUUAAUGGCUGAUAUUGGGGAAAUGAUGAGCAUCCAACUUAUCAUUGAAGCAUCAAUGAACAGUGCAAACCCUUACUUCUCGAGCUCUUGGCGGCGGAAUUUUACAAUAUUAUGGCGAGUUGUUGGCUUAAAUGGAACAGUGGAAGUUGGGCGUGGAAACCAAGGGGGACAACAUGGUUACACGAUUUCAUUUUAUGGCGCUGAUGGACAAUGUAAAAGCACCUUUUACCCAUUUAGUGGAGUGACUGAUGAACUAAAGGCAUUUUUACAUGAUAUUUCACAGGCCAACCUUAAGAAGGGAAGUAGCUAUGAAGUUGAGCCUCGACUCUCUUUUAUCGAAGGAGCUAGAGAUGUUGCUGUUCUAGAUGCAAUGCUUGAAUCUGGAAACAAGAAUGGAGCACUAGUUCAGCUCUACAAAGCUAGGGAAAGGGAAAAUGUUUUUGAAUUCGGGCUUUGCCCAGUUGCCCGUAUCUACUGUGUUACUGUUGAAAACACCACAUUCUUUGUCACUGGAGUCCAACAAGUUCAUGGUGAUUAA